AGGGACUUCGCAAACUCUGCAAACGUCCCUGGGCUGAUCGCGGAGGCUCACGGCUGUGGGAAGGCUCCUGCAGAACCGCAGAUCCUCAGACACGCAGAUCCCCCGUGGGCUGGAGAUCCCAGACCUCCUCUAACAACCUCACCUGCAGAACAUCCCUGAGCGCAUCGCACACCCAGGAAUUGUGGGGCCACUUGGCCGCUGGGAAGCUGUGGACCUUCAGUCCGGGAAACCCGAGUCCAGGGAAGACUUGGAGAGUUACGGAGCAAGGGGCGGUCCCCGGGGCGGUGGGAUGAGCUGGAGAGCCGGCUGAGAUCGCCGAGGAGCGGGUCCAGCCACCACAGGGGACAUGGCAUCUUGGCUCUGGAGAAAGCUGCGUGGCAAGAGGCGGUGGGUGAUGGCAUUCUGCCUCUUGAUGACUCUGUCUAUGGUGACUGUCACCCGCUUCCCCCCACAGCAUCCAGCCACUGGCCCAGACCCAGGUCCCAUGGAGCCCCAGGGGGUCACUGGAGCCGCUGGCCCCCACAGCCGGCAGGCUCUGAGCUCCAGCUGGAGGCAGCGGGCAAGAGACCUAGGGUUCUGGAAAGGCUGGCCCUUGCCUAGGAAUUCCAUCCCGGUGUGUGCUGAGGAGCAAGGCCACAGGGGGACAGUGGACAGAAGCAGGAAGUCCCUGGGAGAGGACAGCAAGCGUCCAGGGAGGGUCAGGAGGGACAUUACUUUGGCCUCUCCAGGAAAUUUGAGACUCAGUACCUCGCGUCUUGUGCUCCUGAGAGACGGUGAGGUCAGGGGUCCAGGAAGCGAAGAUUUGGGUACCCCCUGGCAUGACAAUCCCAUCGGAGAGGCACAGAAUAAGACUGGCACCCUGGUUGACCCCGUCACAGGACGUGGCAUGACAGCUUUACAGGCUUGGAGAGCUGCUGCUGGACCCACCCUCCGGCCCCGCCCAGUGGAAAGCAAGAGUCUGCCAGGAGCUAGGAACGGAGCCUUGACUGGUAGGCGACAAGCAGGGCAUCCCACCCCAGCUACAGGGGCUCGCCGGUGGCCUGGCUCUUUUGGGGAUCUGCAAGAAUCUGUCUGGUGUGAUGCCGAGACCCCUGAGCCGUUGGCCAGCUUGAGGACCGGCGGGCAGGUUCCCCCAUGGCUCACAGAGCAUGAUGUGCAAAUGCUCCAGCUGUUGGCCCAGGGGGAGGUGGUGGGCAAAGCCAGGGUCCCUGGCCAUGGGCAGGUGCUGCAGGUUGGCUUCUCCAGUGAGGGUGCCCUUCAGAACAUGUCUUCCGGGCUCAGCCAUCUCUGCUCCCAGGGGCUCUGUGGCCUGAUCAAGAGACCUGGGGACCUGCCGGAAGUCCUGUCCUUCCAUGUGGACCGGGUGCUGGGGCUGCGCCGGAGCCUACCUGCUGUGGCCCGGAACUUCCACAACUCCCUGCUGCCCUACCGAUACACGGAUGGUAGCACCAGGCCUGUCAUCUGGUGGGCGCCUGAUGUGCAGCACCUGGGAGACCCAGAGGAUGACCAGAACUCUCUGUCCUUGGGCUGGCUGCAGUACCAGGCCUUGUUGGCACAUGGCUGUAGCUGGCCAAGCCAGGCCCCCUGCCUGGGCAUCCACCACACUGAGUGGGCACGCCUGGCGCUCUUCGACUUCCUGCUGCAGGUGCAUGACCGCCUAGACCGCUCCUGCUGUGGCUUCGAGCCCGAGCCGUCGGACCCCUGCGUGGAAGAGAGGCUCCGAGAGAAAUGCCGCAACCCCAGCGAGCUGCGGCUGGUCCACAUCCUGGAUAGCCCACGGGCUGGUGCUGAUCCGAGGGACACUGGGCUGUGCAAAGUAGAGCCCAGGCUGGGAAGUGACGAGCCGAGGACAUCAGAGACAGUGACGAGGGGCCACCCUCGGGAAGGGCUACUGUAUCUUCUCCCCCAGUGACCCUAAUGUCCUCGACGCCUUCUCCUGGCCAGUUGCUUGUGGAGGGUACCAUGGUGCCCCGGGCUGAGCGUCAGGUAGGCCACACCGGCCUGGAGGCCAGGGCUGCCUCGUGAAGCCGCUGGGUGGUAGGAAAUCUCCAUCUCCUGUCCUCAGAGCCCACUCCCCUCUUCCCUGGUAAAAGGCAGUCACCCUGGGGAGAGGUAAGGCUUUUAUAUCUAUCAUUCACCCCUGGGCGGCAGCCAUUUCACAGAUCCCUUAGGACAGCAGUUUUUGGAGGGAGGAGUCAGUAGGCAUCAAGAAAUAGAUGAUCCCUGAUAUGGGGUAGGGGGGAGAGACAGAGAGAGGGAAAGCUAGGGUCCUGGAGGCAAAAGUUCAUAAGUUAAGCCAGGGUGAUGGAGAGAAUUAUGGGAAAAUACCAUGGAAUCCUGGAGAAUAUAUAAGAAUGGGGUGCACGGGGGUGGGAGUAGGGAGCAGAAGACACGGACUCUCAUUCCCAGCCACACCACAUCGUGGGACUGUCAGCUCAGCCCCCCCCCCCCCCCGCCAAGUCCCUUAACCCUGAAAGAAUCCGUGGGUGCCAGCUAGGCUGCAACUUUCCCCACCCCUGUCCCUGGCCAUCUUCUUCCCCGAGGUCCGGAGCAGUGAUCCAUCCCAUCUGGUCUACAUCGAUAAUGCCGGCAACCUUCAGCAUCGUGAGGACAAGCUGAACUUCCGGCUGCUGGAGGGCAUUGCUGGGUGAGGGUCAGCGGGAUUGGAUGGAGGUUUGGAGACUGAGGCCCGAUAGCCCUGCUGUAGACUGUGCGACCUUGACUCAUGCUCCCGAGCAGUCCGCAGCCUGAGACAAAAGCUGCUGGAUCUGAGCCCUGGGAGGAGGUGGGGAGCUGGGGGAAUGCAGCCAGCAGGCACCCCCAAUAUCCAGAGGGCCUCCUGGCCCUGCAGAACACGGCAGCCUGCUAGGGUCUGGUAAGGCUAGCCCUUCCCUUGCCCCAGAGGAGGAGCCAGCCUGGGGAGCCUGCCUGCCCUGCUCAGUCAGGGCAGGCGGCUUGGCCUUCUUAGGGCUCUUCCUGGCAUUUCACCUGAGAUAGCAGAAGCUGAUUCCCGCAGCUUCUCUGUGGGAAGGGGGACCCCUCCAGAAGCCCCGUCCCCUGCCUGCUUCCGCAGCAGAGUAGGUGGGAGGGUUCUCUGAUAACGAGUCAGCAAGCGGGCCCCGGGCACUCUGCAGGACGACUGUGCCAGGCUUGCCGGCCAUGCAACUUCUGGCCAUCUGGCUUCACCCGUCCCGGACAUUUUCUGAGAUCACUUUUGCUUUUCCCUUCUGUCCUGGGGCCCGGGGGACCUGCCUCCAGGUUUCCCGAGUCUGCCGUGCAGGUUCUUGCCUCAGGGUGUCUGCAGAACAUGCUGCUCAAGUCCCUGCGGAUGGACCCCGUGUUCUGGGAGAGUCAGGGCGGGAGACAGGGACUGAAGCGGGUGCUCCGGACCCUGGAGC